AUGGCCAUGCCCUCUGCCGCCAUUGGCACUCAUUGUUUUUUCUCUGCGGCUUGGAGAUCUAUUGAUGUACAAGAGGGUUGGCAGAUUUACCCACUUGUCUGCACUGUCCGAACGAAUCCCAAAAUCGGCCAUGCCAUUCGUUCCCUGAAUGUUGCCUGGGAUUUCUUUAGCGAGGAGACCGUGGACGAUAUUGAAAUGUUCAGAAGUCUUGUGGAAGAAAGCAGUCAUUCUUCGGAGCACUCCAAGGAGUGGAUCAAAUAUUUGCAAGAAGGAUGCCCAGAUGCAUGGCUCGCCCUGCUCAUUCCAUCAUUAAAAAAUGUCACAAGUCUGUGCCUUCAAUUCCCUCAUUCGCCGACCUUCUUUAUGCCCAUGGUGGCGCGGGUAGCAGCCGGAGAAAAGCCAUUUGACCUGAAGCCAGCCUUCCAGAAAUUGGAACAUGUAACAGUCAAAAUGGAAGACAAUCCUAAAGCAGCUUACCGGGCGCAAGACCUCCUUCCUUUCUUUUCUUUACCAGCGAUGCAGAGCUUCUCCGGGAACGCGAUAUGUGAAGAAGAAGGUUGGACGUACCAUGAGUAUCCAAAGCCAGCACCCGGGACAUCUGGAAUCAAGAAGCUUGAUCUCGGUAGCUGGGGUACAAACAACGGCCAGAACGGAUUUCUGAAUCUUCUCAAAUUGUGCAAGGGUCUGGAGAGCUUUGAAUUCCAGCACGAUGAUCAGGCAAUCUGGGGCGAAUCCUUUUGUCCCUUCCGACCUGGACAAUUCUAUACAUCGUUGUCCACCCAAAAGCACAGUCUACGGGAGAUUCGAUUGAACAAUCAGGGAACACAUCCCUGGGAUCCUGAGGUUGACUUCGACGAGGAUUUGGAAUUGGGUACAUUCGGGUCGAUGAUGGAGUUCCAUCAACUGCGUGAGCUUCGGAUACCAUGGGCCACACUCUUGCAAGUUGAUUCCAGGAAUCAGCCAACAGCCAGUUUUUCGGAGAUUCUUCCGGCGAGCCUGGAGUAUCUUAGCUUGGCUGAUUGCCGUAAGGAGCACUUCACGAUGAUAAUUGAAGCUCUUCGGGACCUACUGAAGCACCGGGAGAAACGGUUUGCAAGUCUCCGAAUACUUGAAAUACAGCCUUAUACCGUAUACCGUAAACCCGGUGCAAACUAUGUCUUGUGGGCAGACUGUCUCGGAGUUCCCCAGUCGACAAUCGAUAUGUUUGCAGCAGUGGAGAUAGAGUGCCAGAAGAUGGGAAUCCAUUUCAGGUUUUGCCAAGAUGGAACCCAUGAAAUAAUUGGGAUGUAA